AUGCCUGCUCAGAAGCGGCCUGCACCGUCAGCAGCCUCAAGCUCCAAGCCUGCAAGCGCUACCAAUCUCGCAGCCGGACAGGGCCCAAAUUGGAAGAAGCGCAAGCAAGAGCGUGCACACAACGCACGCUUCAUCCAGACUCAGACCGCCUCGACGUCAGAACCCUCAGCGAGCAGUUCUCGCACCGUCUCCAAAGCCUCGACCCCCGUACCAGCUCACGUCUCAGCCGCUGCUGCCGCUGCUACCUCGAUUCUACCAACAAGCGUCGAGCUGGAAUCGUUGCUUUCUUCCCGCGCCUUCCAAAUUCGCAGCUUCCUUCGGUCCAUCAAAUCUGCCAAAUCGGCAACCACAACCAGAGCCUGGCAGCUCCUCCCUCGGCAUGCACGCCGGCGUGCUGCUUCGCACAACCUUCUCCGACUGCCAUCGCGGCUUCGAUCAAAAGCGCUAGCAGAACUCCGCAGCAGUACCACCCAGGCCCGUUCUCGCUCUGAUAUCAGGAAACGUCUGCCCAGCCAUGGCGUUAUUCGAGCCACCCUCAGGCGCAAGAAGCUCGCAGAGAGAGCCUCCCAUCCAAAGAGGAGUUGGCUCGAAACGCAUCUUUGGCAUGCAAAGAGGUUCAGGAUGACCACAGAGAAGGGCAAGGGCAAGGAGAGGGAUCAGGGCAACGCAUAUGGAAGAUGGGGAUUUGUUCUGCCUGAGACGACCAUGAUGAAGAGCCACCGUGCAAGCUGGAGAAGUGCAAGAGAAUCUGUCACCGUGCACGAUGCUAGCUACUACUCGGUCUUUCGCAUUGGUGUUCGUCUGGCCAACUUGGAUGCCUUGGUAAACGGAGAAGAAGUCGAACCCAACUUGGUCAAGCAGCUGCAUGAAAGUCUCAGCAAAGCAGGCUUUGCUCAUAUCGCCAAGCUUGAUUCAGACGCUGCACCUUCAUCAGCCCGUGUUCUCGACACCGUUCUCACGCAGAUGAAGGGCGAUCCGUCAAGCUGCUCCACCGAGGGCGAUCAUUCGGGCACCACGUUAUCCGCCGCACUUGCACCAGCGCGCAUCGUUGUACUCCCUGGUACUCAGCGAUUUUCGACCGUUCCAAUAUUGGAAGACUCGGGCUGCUCGUACAGGUCCAAAGAGGCGUUGAUUUUUGCUCACCCGGCAGCAGAUCUACAUGUACGCCGUGGACUCAAGGCGGCCGGAGUCAUCUUGGUCGACGAGAGGAAGAACAUGUUUUUCGAGAUCGAAAACCCCUGUUCGCUGAAGGUGGAGACAUAUGCCUAUCAACUCGAAUCGGCACCUGACCCAUGGCUAGCCGCAGGCGGCAAGGACAGCUCUCUUUCGAAGCUCGAGAAGAAACGCAGGAGACAGGCCGGUUGGCCCGGAAGCAAAAAGGCUUCAUCAGAGCAAGCGACACAGAGCUCGGAUGUCGAAGCGCCAAACGAAUCAAGGUUGCUGGACGACGGGGCUCUUCUGCUGCGAAAGCAAGGAUUCAACGUCUUUGAACUGGUUGGGCCUCGCGCGGCACCGCUCUUGCAAGCGGUGUUGCGAGUGUCGCAGGGCGACAGGAAACGAGCCGACGAGACCAGCUUGCGACAACUCUUGAGCAAGCAGCAGUGUGCAGAUGCAGCGAUGGUUCAAGUGCAAGUUGAUGAUCCACGUCUGUCGUACCCUCCAAAGCUCAAACCGCUGUCGUCCAACGCAAGUGCUCCUUCACAAUCGGUGGCGAACGGCUCUUCAACCGUCGAAUCAUUCACAAACACCCUCUUCUGGAGGGGCGCCAAUCCUCCUCGCUUCAGUAAGGGCGAAAUCGACUCGAGACGGGCACGCAACAUCGUACCUGGGGCACGCUUGCAGCCCGAGUCGCCCGAUGAUACUGCGCCUGUCGUCGUGAUUCGCGAUCAACUCGUUCAAAAGCCCUCGGUCGAUCGCUUCACUCUCAUCGUCCCUCGCGGCUGGGGCACGGCAUUCUUUCUGUCGCUCGUCGCCACCCACCAAUCCGGGGCAUCGAGCGGGGCCAGAGUGUUGGGCCAGCACCAGCUGAAACACCAGAGACUCGAAUUGGCGGCGUUGGCUUCGUCGGCUGUCGCACAGAAGCAAGCAGCAAAAGCGGAUCUGCUCAGCUAUCCUCGCAACUGGCUCGGUACACAAGCACAUGCAGUCAGUGAAAGGGAGGCAGCGCUAGCAAGGCAGGAAGAGUGGAGCAAGAGGCCCAAGGGUAAGAGGUCGGAGUUCCUUUUUCCUUCGCAUAAGGAUUGGGCGGCGUUUCAGCAGAAGAGUACGCCCGAUCGGGUCCAAGCCAAACUGGCGCACGACCGAACGGGUGUAGCCAGGCCCUACCCUUUCGGAGGGUCGCACCACUGGGAGUGGAUCGUCAGCAACUCGGAACGAGUGUUCGGAAAAGGAUCAGUUCAGCAAGCUGCAGAUACCGACAUGGCGCGGCCGUGGCUAGUCGCGUCUGCAGAGCUGGCAGGGCCAUCAAAUGCGGAAACAGCCCUCUCCACGUCACAUCUGGCCUCUGCUAUGGUCCCGAUCAAAGUUCACGCCGUUCGCAAGGGCACAGUGAUGCCGCUGAGCAGCUUGAUGCUGGCGCCCACGUUCGAAGAUCAUGUCAGCUGGGUGCACCAUCUGGACCCGAUCGACCAUCCGGCCGCCGUCGCCAACCGGUCCAGCACGGGAGCAGCCAAGGUGGACAAGCAGUAUCUCAAAGCUUUGAUCGAACGACGAUGCGAGAUAAUGCAGUUGGGACGUAGUGCUCCGUUAACGACAGCAGCUCACCUCAAGCACAAGAAUGUCAUAGGCGGCAACGUGUGGAGCGAAUAUGUCAGGGUUGCAGCCGACCCGGAAGAGAUGCACGAUCGAAGCGCCGACUGGAACAACGCCAUUGGUACCGUGCUGGAUGGAGACUACUCGCUGGGUAAUGGCAAAGGGUUCGGUGUGGGUGCAGUCACGUUUCGCGCUUGGAUGGAGUUGCGGGAUCGAGAGCAAAGGGUUGCAGCGUUGAAGGGUCCGGCGGAGAAGGGAAGGCGGAGGCCGAGAAAUCCGGUGGAGACAACGCAUCUGCUGCUGAUGCGCGAACCGGGCACAGAUGUGGUGCGCGCUGUCAGUGCUAGCUGUAUUCCCUUGGUGUAG